UUGAUAUCUUUUGAUAUUUGGUGAAGUCUUUUCACGAUGACUGAAGAUAAAAGAAUGAACCUAGAUCGGAUCCUAGUUGAAGAAUUGGGGCAAUGGGGAAGGUUCCAGCUCAGGGCCGUGGUGUUAUGUGCCCUAGUGACCAUAAUGGGUGGAUUGCAGUGCUAUGCGUAUCUAUUUACUGUUGUGAAGGUCAAAACAAGGUGCCUCAUCCCUGAAUGUGAGGACACCCCCCAGUUCUCCCCACCAUGGAUCCUGAACGCGGUGCCGUCGUCAGGGGACUCCUUCGACAGCUGCCAUCGCUUCCCAGCCAGGACAUGGAACUCCUCUGACUCUUGUCCUGCUGACUGGUUCGUAAGGAACUCGUCGGUGAGAUGCGAGGAAUACGUUUAUGAGCAUAAAAACUCCGCUUAUUAUGAGUUCAGCUUGGCUUGCGAUGAAUGGCUCCCAACCCUGGUCGGCUCCGUGCGAACCGUCGGCUAUAUGAUCUGCCUGCCUAUCAUGGGGCUCGUGACCGACCGCUGGGGCCGAAGGUUGGCGCUAUCCUUCUCAGCCUUCUAUGUGGCUUGUGUUGGGUCCUCGACGUAUUUUGCUGGAUCAUAUAUCAGCUAUAUAACCCUGUCAUUUGCUGAGCAACUCCUUGGAGCGUGGGUGUUUCCGUGUACUUAUGUUUUAGCUGUGGAAUACGUGGGGCCAAAAUACCGAAUGUUCACUGGUGCUUCUAUCAGCACCAGUCUCGCCACCGGAGAAAUCCUUCUAGGCUUCAUAGCCUGGCUGCAACCUUAUUGGAGACAUCUGAUCCUCAUACUCUACGUGCCUGAAUUCAUCUUCAUUAUCUACAUCUGGAUCGCACCAGAAUCGGUUCGGUGGCUGAUGAGCAAAGGCCGCUAUGAAGAAGCUUUGACUAUCUUGAAACAAGCAGCAGAAGUUAAUGGCAAAACUCUAUCGGAGAAAACUUUAAAAGAAUUCUCAGAAGCCAAGAUCGAGACUAAAGAAAAAGUUUCCGAGCCUUGGUUAGUGUGUUUGAUUUUCAAACAUAAGGCUGUUUUAUUGCGAUGCUUGAUAACCCCAAUAUGGUGGUUAACGUCUAUUUUAAUGUACUAUGGGCUGACGAUAGCAUCAGUGGGGAUAUCGGGCAACAAGUACUUGAACUACACGACGUCGGUGGCCGUCCAGGUGCCGGGCUAUUGGGCCGCCGUACUGCUAAUGGACAGGAUCGGGAGAAAAGCUCUAGUGUCGAUAGGAUUCUUGAUAAGUGGAGCUUGUCAAAUCGCAUUUAUAUUUAUUCCGGGUGAUAAAUAUUGGCUGUCUCUCUCAGUUUAUCUAAUCGGAAAGAUGUUCAUCGCCGGUGUGACGACGUCCCUUUACGUGUACACCGCGGAGCUGUAUCCCACGCGGUACAGGACCAGUCUGCUGGCGUACUCUUCUAUGAUAGGAAGGGUUGGGGGGAUCUUGGCUCCUCUGAUGCCUGGAUUAGCAGCAGUGGUGUGGGUGCACCUCCCGUUCCUGGUGUUCGGCGUGCUGGCGCUGGUGUCCGGCCUGCUGGUGCUGCUGGCACCGGAGACCCUCGGAGCACCCUUGCCGGACUCCAUGGAGGAGGCUGCGGAACUUGGCACGGCCAGUUCGUUCACCCUGUGUAGGAGUAGGAAAAAAUCUUAUAAUGUUAAUUGAUUAUUAAAGCUAAGUUUUUUUUUUUAA